AUGGCUCAUGAUCCAACUUACACCAACUUCCACAUCGCCCGUGGAAGUGCGGAAGAUGAAAACGUUUACAGCAACUUCUGCAAUCACCAACGGGGCAGCGCAGCACUUCGAGGGAAGCAAGGCUGGAGAAGAGAGGUUACGUGUGGAGGCUGGACCAUUCUCUGUGGAAGAGCUUGCAUCAUCUACUCCACUGUGGCCAUCAUUUUCUUCACCACACUCUUCCUGCUCAUUUCCUGCCUUACAAGUGUAAAAAACCUGAACAAGAAGAUGGAAAACACCCACAAAGAAAUGUUGACAAAGAUGAUGGCCAUUCAUAAUAAUCUGACUUUGAACCAACAAACAGUUCCCCAGUUGGGGGAGCAUCCGCACACUACUCCGGACGAGGUGACACGUUUGAACAGUACUGUUUCCCAGUUGAAGGAGCUUUGGCGGACUAUUCAGGCAGAGAUGAACAACAGUGUUUCCCAGUUGAGCAAGCUUCAGCAGACUAUUCAGGCAGAGGUGACACGUUUGAACAGCAGUGUUUCCCAGUUGAGCGAGCUUCCACAGACAGUUCGGACAGAGGUGAACCACUUGAACAGUACUGUCUCACAGCUGAGGGAAGAGGUGAAACGCUUGAACAGCAGUGGAUGCAAUGAUUUGUAUCAAAAUGUGAGCACCUUCAGUGAGAAAUACUGCUUUUCAUCAGACAAGUCGGGUUGCUGCAAUGCUGGCAAAAAUUGCACAUUGAUCAAGCUUCAGAUUGCGGUGGACAACGAAGGGGGGGUAAAGGUCUGCUCAAAAACAAAUGACAGUAACUCUGACAGUACUGAAACCCGACACGAAACAACAUCAGUUAGUAGCUUUUCUGCAACCAGCUCGGCUCAGGGCAAUUCCAGAACACAAAAUUAAUACAUCACCUUGGAAGAACUGCACGAUUUACACAGACUGUAAAGAGAUGCGUUCUGUGAAAUGAUUCAAUGCUUACUGACUACACAAUCAUUGACAUGAUUAACAUGGCCUGAGCACAAGAUUACAAGAGGAUCUUCCAGAAAGCCUCUGUUGGAAGAAUUGGAUUAACGUGUCGACAUAUGUCCUCUAGCUGGUGUACAAAUAGCUGUGUAGUGAAUGAGUUCAUAUUCUAGUCAAUUCCAACUCCACUUGGCAUCGGUUCUAUCAAGAUGUAUACUUCCAGUUCAUUGGGUCUAUCCACACCUACAUUUCCAGU